AUGGUUGUUGUUGGACGGUGGUUGUUGUUGGAUGGUGGUUGUUGGACGGUGGUUGUUGUUGGAUGGUUGUUGUUGGAUGGUGGUUGUUGUUGGAUGGUGGUUGUUGUUGGACGGUGGUUGUUGGACGGUGGUUGUUGGACGGUGGUUGUUGUUGGAUGGUUGUUGUUGGACGAUGGUUGUUGUUGGAUGGUGGUUGUUGUUGGACGGUGGUUGUUGGAGGGUGGUUGUUGUUGGAUGGUUGUUGUUGGACGAUGGUUGUUGUUGGUCGGUGGUUGUUGUUGGAUGGUGGUUGUUGGAUGGUGGUUGUUGUUGGAUGGUUGUUGUUGGAGGGUGGUUGUUGUUGGAUGGUUGUUGUUGGACGAUGGUUGUUGUUGGACGGUGGUUGUUGUUGGAUGGUGGUUGUUGAUGGAUGGUUGUUGUUGUUGGAUGGUGGUUGUUGUUGGACGGUGGUUGUUGGACAGUUGUUGUUGGACGGUUGUUGUUGGAUGGUUGUUGUUGGAUGGUUGUCGUUGGAUGGUGGUUGUUGGACGGUGGUUGUUGUUGGAUGGUGGUUGUUGUUGGAUGGUGGUUGUUGUUGGAUGGUUGUUGUUGGAUGGUUGUCGUUGGAUGGUGGUUGUUGGACGGUGGUUGUUGUUGGAUGGUGGUUGUUGUUGGAUGGUGGUUGUUGUUGGACGGUGGUUGUUGGACGGUGGUUGUUGUUGGAUGGUGGUUGUUGUUGGACGGUGGUUGUUGGACGGUGGUUGUUGUUGGAUGGUGGUUGUUGGACAGUGGUUGGUUUUGGACGAUGGUUGUUGUUGGACGGUGGUUGUUGUUGGACGGUGGUUGUUGUUGGACGGUGGUUGUUGUGGACGGUGGUUGUUGUUGGAUGGUGGUUGUUGGACGGUGGUUGUUGUUGGAUGGUUGUUGGAUGGUUGUUGUUGGAUGGUUGUUGUUGGACGGUGGUUGGUGUUGGACGAUGGUUGUUGUUGGACGGUGGUUGUUGUUGGACGGUGGUUGUUGUUGGAUGGUGGUUAUUGGACGGUGGUUGUUGUUGGAUGGUGGUUAUUGGACGGUGGUUGUUGUUGGGCGGUGGUUGUUGUUGGACGAUGGUUGUUGUUGGACGAUGGUUGUUGUUGGACGAUGGUUGUUGUUGGACGGUGGUUUUUGUUGGACGUUGGUUGUUGUUGGAUGGUUGUUGUUGGAUGGUUGUUGUUGGACGGUGGUUGUUGUUGGAUGGUGGUUGUUGUUGGACGGUGGCUGGUGUUGGACGAUGGCCCCUGGAAGACUGGCACGUUUGUAUCGGCUCUAAAACUAGAACUCAUGGUACCAAAACCAGAGACACGUCCCUGUGAUCCCAGAGACACGUCCCUGUGA